AUCUAUCGUGUUAAUACCCCCCUGUCGGUUUUUACGACAUGUCCGGAAGGGUAAACAUCUGAAAGCGUUGUUUUAUAGUUGGUCAUGAAUUACUUAACUGACUUCGCCAAAAAUUGCCUAAGCCUUACUUAUCAAGGAAUUAUGACAAUCACGUUUUACUAAUUGCCAAUUUCACUUUCACAAUAUACUUCAAGUUACAACAUAAUACAUAUAUUACAUUAAUUUAUUGGCCAAUAGUGUUAGGAAUGUGAAUAACAUCACGCUAUGUGCGAUAAGGGGGUGAAUAUAGGGCGGCAGGUCAAUGGAGCUGGCACAUUCGUAAACAUGAAAGCAUUCGUGAUCUUUGGAGUUUUCGCUUUGGCUCAGCAAGCCUACUCAUCAUGCUUAUCAGGGCUGCUGCCGCCGCCGCCUCCUGCAGCGCCCUUGUUGCUCCCAGCGCCACCUGCACCCUGCACUUCUCCGCUCGCACCCCUAACUCCAGCGCUGGUCAACUCUUUGUCUGCGUCCAUCGGAGCCACUCUACCACCUUUACUGCAGUCCGCUUUGCCGCCAGUUUUAACGUCCGCUUUAGCAGCUGCCGCGCCAUUGUUGGCGCCGUGUGAAUUACCUUUGGCGCCAUUGUCGUUGCCGCCAUCUUGUUUACCUGCUCCCGCGCCUGCGCCGUUGAUCCUUCCAGGCACACCUUUAGCAUUACCCCCAGCGCCGUGUGCCCCUGCGCCGUGUGCCCCUGCGCCGUGUGCCCCUGCGCCGUGUGCCCCUGCGCCGUGUGCCCCUGCGCCGUGUGCCCCCGCGCCGUGUGCCCUUCCACCAUUAGCCUUACCCUAUGCCUCCGCCCCGUUAACCUUACCGUAUGCCCCCGCGCCGUGUGCCCCUGCGCCGUGUGCCCCUGCGCCGUGUGCCCCCGCGCCGUGUGCCCUUCCACCGUUAGCCUUACCCUAUGCCUCCGCCCCGUUAACCUUACCGUAUGCCCCCGCGCCGUGUGCCCCCGCGCCGUGUGCCCUUCCACCGUUACCCUUACCCCCAGCGUGUGCGCCCGCCCCCGCUCCGCUUGUGCUCCCCGCUACUCCCCUCCCGUACGCGUUACCCCCGCCCGCGCCCCUAACUUGCGCCGCGCCUACCUGCAUUCCCGCUACUAUCUGUUUCUAA